AUGGCGAUCACACUCCUGAUCCUCUGCUGUGUGGUCACUGCACUGGACGCCCAGCCUCCCAGGUGGCUCAUCACUGCUCCAAACAUUAUUCAUCUUGGAGCAGAGGAGACAGUGAGCAUGCAGAUUCAUGGAGCAAGUGAACCUGUAGAUGUUGAUCUCUAUAUAAGACACCCAAGAACACACGACAUUCUCACAUCAACAGAACACAUAACUCUCAGUGAAGAUAACAGAUUUCAAGCCGUGGUCAAACUAAAGGUGGACCCCAAGCUAUUCAAAUAUGCCCAAGAUCAAAGGCCUGUGAAAAAAUAUAUCCAAUUGUAUGCCAAUUCCCCAAAGUUUUUUGAUAAACCACAAAUGGUAAACAUCCAUGUGUCAACCAAAAGGGGUUACAUUUUCAUUCAGACUGACAAGCCAAUCUACACUCCUGGAGAGACUGUCAAAUACAGGAUCUUCACGUUAGACCAGUACAUGCUUCCAAAAGAUGAACAGAUCAACCUUAGAAUAUUUAACUCCAAAGGCUUAGUAGUCUGUGGGAAUUUAUUAAAAUCAAAUGAAAUCACUCAGCAGAUUGUCAGCAUCCCUGACACUGAACCAGCUGGACACUGGAAAAUAGAAGCAUAUUUUUCUGGUGCACCUGAAUCAAAUACCACAGUUGAGUUUGAGGUGAAAGAAUAUGUGCUGCCAACAUAUGAGGUGAAGAUUGAAGCAGUAAAACCAUACUACACACUGGGAGAAGAGAGCUUCCAGUUGUCUGUUUCUGCAAGGUAUACCUAUGGGAAAGCUGUUGAUGGUGUCGCUUACAUCCGAUUUGGGAUCAUUGACCAGAAAAUGAAUAGAAUCUAUCUACCAGGUCUUCAGAUCGAGACACAGAUUAUGGAUGGCCGUGCAAGUGUCAAACUCCUUACUGAACAUCUUCAAGAAAAAGUAAAAGAGACAAAUAUUACAGACCCAGAGGGUUGCCAUCUUUAUGUUGCUGUAACUGCUUUGGAGAAGGCCAGUGGAGACUUUGAAGAGGCAGAAACCAGCUCUGUGAAGAUAGUGACAUUACCCUAUAUGAUUGACAUGUCCAGGACCAAGAAGUACUUUGCCCCUGGCAGCAAGUUCUCCAUUUUGGCCACAGCCACCUAUCCUGAUGGCACCCGCAUCCCAAACGUGAAGCUAAAUGCUGCCAUUACUGUGAAAUUAACAGACCAAACAGAAAACAUAAUUUAUAAGAAGGUUGUAGCGACUAAAGAGGGAGUUACUGAUAUUCCUUUUGAAGUUCCCAAACAAGCUACAUCCCUAGAUAUCAAGCUAUCUGCUGAAGGAGAGAACACACCCUCUGGACAAAUGAUGGUGACAGCAGUCGAAGACACACAGGAUUAUCUGAGCAUUGAGAUGGAGCAUCGUGUUCUUGCGCCAGACCAGGAGCUAACAGCUCGCUUCAGAGACAUCUCUCCAGCUGGCACGACCCGGCCCUCCCACAUCUACUACAUGGUCCUGAGUAAAGGUAAAACCUUGCAGACAAAGAGUGUUCAGACAACUUCAAGUGAACUCACAGAAAUCACCCUCCCGUACAGCACUGACAUGGCGCCCUCUUUCCGUCUGCUCGCAUACUACUUCAGAGACUCGACAAUAGUGGCAGACUCAGUCUGGGUGGAUGUCAUGGAUAUCUGCAAGGGGAAGAUUGAGAUCAGUCCAUUGAGAGACCACAAGCCUGCAGAGAUUGUGAAUGUGGAGGUGAAAGCAGACAGCCGCAGUAAAGUUGCACUGGUGGCUGUGGACUCAGCUGUGUACAUCCUAAACAAACAGAACAAGUUGACCACAAAGAAGAUGUUUGAUUACAUGAACUCCUAUGAUCUGGCCUGUUCUGUCGGAGGAGGGAAGAAUGCCCGGUCUGUUUUUUGGGAUCUAGGCCUCAUUUGGAUAUGCAACUGUGACAUGCCAAAUAUUCUCUCCAGGCACAGUCACUCUUGCUCCACUAAAAAUCAACGGUCCAAAAGAGCAAACACAGUUAUUGACUUCUCUUCUGUUGUCAUGAAGUACGGGGAAGACGUCCGGCCAUGCUGUGCUGAUGGAGUCCGGUAUAACCGGUUGGAACUCACCUGUGAACAGAGGUUUAGAAGGACUGCUGGCAAGUCCAAAAAGUGCAGAGACGUGUUUUUUCAAUGCUGUAAAACGGCUACUGAGAUGCGAAAGGCAACGCGAAAAUACAGCCUUGCAAGAAGCCACAGUAAUGAGGUAGAUGAAGCCAUCGAUGGGACAGAUGUGCAGCUGAGGAGCUAUUUUCCAGAGUCUUGGAUGUGGCAUCUAAUGGAGACAGAUGAGAGCGGUCAGCUCAGGCACUCUCUACCAUCUCCCGAUUCUAUCACGACCUGGGAAAUCCAAGCCGUGGGGAUCUCUCCAAGUCAAGGCUUCUGUGUUGCAGAGCCCAAACAAUUGAAGGUGUUCCAGGACUUUUUUGUGUCUGUGAAGUUGCCAUACUCAGUGAAAAAGAAUGAGCAGCUGGAGUUGAAAGUUGUGGUGUUCAAUUACAAGGACACAGAGUUGAAGGUGACUGUGGAGAUGCUGCCCUCUGAGGGCUUGUGUACUGCUGGGGGAGACAGAGCCAAACAGAGCAUCACAGUCUCUGCCAACUCGGCGUCUUCCGUGUAUUUCACCGUGGUGCCCCUCGAAAAGGGCACAUUUCCCAUCACCAUUCUGGCCCACAGUUCAAGCAAUGUAGCUGAUAAAAUACAGAAGGAGCUCAGAGUUGAGGGGGAAGGGGAGCUAGUCUCAGUUUAUCAGCAGCACAUCAUCAACAGUAAAGCUGACAAGCUGGACUUUGACAUCCCAACACCUUCUGACAUGGUUCCUGGAGAUGAACCAGAGACCUAUAUGAGCUUCAAAGGGGGUGUGAUGGGAGAGUCUGCGAGUAACUGUCUGAACCUGGAGGGCAUCGAGAAGAUGAUUAUUCUGCCGAAGGGCUGUGCAGAUCAGACCAUGGCAGAGAUAUCCCCUGCCGUCAACGCCAUGAAGUACCUGGACGCCACUGACCAGUGGCUCAACCUGAGAGCUGACCGUAGGGAUGAAGCCCUGUCCAUGAUCAAGAGUGGUUACAGCAAAGUCUUGACAUACAUGAAAGCAGAUGGUUCUUACGGGAGUUUCUCUUCAUCCCCAAGCAUUAUCUGGAUUACAGCAUUUGUUGCCAAAGAACUCACUAAAGCCAGUGAAUACAUUCCCAUUGAGGAUUCCUACAUAAAGAAGUCCAUAACCUACAUCAUCUCCAAACAGACCCAAGGUGGCUCUUUCCAGGGCAUCAGUCCCUCUAAUGGCAGAAGCAUACAGGGUGGAGUUGGGAAAUCAUCUGGAGGUGCGGCACUGACUGCUUAUGUUCUCAUAGCGAUGCACCAGGCUCUGCCUGUCUUUGACACUUUUGAGUCUACACAAGUGGUAAUCCAAUACUUUCAAAAUAAGUUGUAUAACUCUUGUAAGAGCUACCUGGAGCAGCAGUUGAACUCCCUGGAGGACCCUUAUUCUGUAGCCAUCACAGCCUAUGCCCUCUCACUGACCCAGCAUCAGAGCUCAGCAGCAGCUCAAGCACAGAAGAAGCUUAGAGGCCUGGCCAUCUGCGAUACAAGUAAAAAUAUGUGUUUCUGGGCACCAAAAAAGGCCCAGAGCCCUGACGUCAAGGCACGAGCAGACCCGCUGUCUUUGGAGACCACAGCGUACGCCCUGCUACAGACCCUGGCCGUGGGCGACACUCAGUAUGCCAGGAAAAUUGCGUCAUGGAUAACGGAACAGCGCAAGUUUGGGGGAGGAUUCCACUCCACCCAGGAUACAGUUGUUGCCCUGGAGGCCCUUGCCACAUUCAGCGAGCAGAACAAUGAUGUGAACGCCCUGGACCUCACUGUGGAGAUGUGUUUUCAAGAUGGCCGAAAGGAUGUGGUGAGAUUGACAAAACGUAAUGCUCUCACCCAGCCAGCCAUCAAGAUCAUGAAAGGGGGAAAAGUCUCCGUUCACAUUGAAGGAGAAGGAGACGGCACUUUGUCGGUUGUGCAGAAUUACAGGAGCCUGAAAAGGCCUGACUCAGCCUGUGACGAAUUCUUCCUCAAUGUCACGGUUGAAGGGGAAGUGGAAUUUGAACCGAUCCCAGACUUUGACAACCUGUAUGAUUAUCUGAACUUUGAUGGUGAGAUGCCACAGAAGGAUGACCCAAUGAGCCGGAUGGACUGGUUUGACCUGCGCACCCGUAGGAAGAGACAGGCCCCUGCACAGGAGAAGAAGGAGAAGUCUCUGACCUACACAGUCUGUUAUGGGAUGCUAAAAGGGGUGUCUAAAGGGAUGGUCAUCGUGGACAUCUCUCUACUGAGUGGGCUUAUCGUAAAUGUUAAGGACCUUGAGGAGAAAGUAAAGAGCACAGAGAAGUACAUCGACCACUAUGACUUAGGAUCCAACAGAGUGUACCUCUACUUCAAUCAGAUAACAGACACCACGGAGUGUCUGCAGUUCACAGCGGAACAAAUUGUACCUAUUGGACUAGUCCAGCCAGCUGUUGCUGUAAUCUACGACUACUAUACUCCAACUAAGAAAUGUGGAGUUUUCUACAGUGCACCCCACAGAAGUACUAUGGUUUCCAAGCUGUGUGAUGGAGAUCUCUGCGCUUGUGCAGAGGGUUCCUGUCCUACACCUAAAGUGACUUUCAGUGGAAACAUGCAGUCAAACACACGCACUGACUUUGCCUGUUCCAAGCCCAUUGUUGAUUUUGUUUACAUUGUGAAGGUGGUCAACUCAACAGAUGAUGGCGUCUUCAAUUAUUACUCUACAGAAGUGAUCAAAGUUCUUCAAACAGGCAAAGAUGAAGAAAUUCACAUUGGUGCAACACGGGAACUCAUUCAAAGACUAUCUUGUGUAAACUUUGCUUUGUCCAUGGAAGCCCAGUACAUGUUCAUGAGUACUAAUACAGCCAUUACACCCACACUAGAUGCCAAUGGAAGCCCCAGGUACUUACUGAGCAGGGACGAGUGGCUGGAGAAGAUUCCGGAAAAGAGCCAGUGCCGAGGCAAAAGGGACCGCAAGGCCUGCCGGCUACUCCAGACCUUCAUGGAGCAGCAUGAGAUGAAGCGCUGUGUCCUCUGAACCGGCCUGAUGGACACACGCAUUAUGCUUAACGAAGCACCAUCAACGUAGUUAAUGAACCCGGAGUUUAUUACAGAAGACUGUUAAUCUCACAGAAGACUGAGAUCUCACACAGAGCAUGAUGUUUAUUGCCGGAAGGUAAUUCUGUAAAACACUGUUUCACAUAAAAAAAAACCCAUCACUAAAUAGAUUCAUUUUCUAAAUGUAGGCCUAUGUUUCUAAUAACAGGGGCAGAGACCAGUAGAUCAGUAAACCAUGAGCUUUAAUUACCAAAGCAUAUUAACAGAAAUAAAAUCAUGGUCGUAUCAGUCAACACAGUCAAUGUAAUGCAACAAGGAGGCCCUGGGUAGGGAGCACCAUAGAUAUACAUAAUAAAGGCUAGAUGUCUUAUGGCGGAGUCUCUAACGGCAUCACCGACGCCCAUCUUGUCACAGGCAAGCUAUCUGGUGGGCUCUGUGGUACCUGAUGUAAGGUAUAUCUCUUCUUCUACUAAAGGCAGAACAAUGCCCCCAGGCUAUAACAAUGACACCUUCAGGUCACUACCUGUCAUUACAGUGCACCAUGGAAACACAAUGUUAUGAGUUAGCGAGCUGACUGUGGCAAGAUGGCCGCGAGGUGCGGACGUCGACCUCCAUUGGCCAGCAGCGCGGAUGAGACAUCUAGCCUUUAUUAUAUAUCUAUGGGGAGCACAGUUACAUUCCAAAAGUGUUUUAUCUAAUAAUACCCUAUAGGCCUACCACGGAAAUCACGUGUCUAAUUAAGGUGUAGGUAUGUGUUCCAGUGUUUAGUCAUGCCAGAGUGGUCUUGUAAGCAUAGCUUUGUUACGUUGCUUUUCAGAGUUAAUUUAAAUAUAUUUUAAACAUGUGAACAUGUUGAUUAAACAUGUUGGCUUGACUACACUGGUUGGGGUUGGUCUAGUAGGUUACAGGGAACAGUAGCAACCAUCAAUUGCUCAUUGAUGCAUUUGCUGUCAUCAGCAACUUGUGUGAUAACAAUAGCAGAUAUUGUCCUUAUUAAAUUGUUGACCUGGGUAUUUAUUUAUUUUAUGAAUAAAAUCAGAUUAUAGAGGUAUCUGUUAUGUAAGAUGUAUGAUAGUAGUCGAUCAUGUAAUUUGUGAAAUGCAGACUGAUAGAUUAACCGUUGCCUUCGAAACUUCGAAGGCUUUGAGUGGCAUUUGUCAUCCAAUCCCUCCCAUUACCUUUUCAUUACCUGUGCUCUCAUAAAAGAUGCACAAACACACACAGAUAUCUGCAAGACAUAUUUGACCUUCAAAUUACCUUCAAGGGCAGCGCUAUUGGACUCUGCAACAGUAUUAAAGUUCAGGCUUCUUUUGUCACACCAGGGGCCUGUACUACGAAGGGAGCUUAACCUACCCAGAUGUAACCCAGGGUUACUUUGUUAAACCAGGGUU